AUGCAUGCUUUCGUGGACAGAGAAGAUCAGAAACGGAGAUUCAGGGGACUACUUCAUGAAGAAGAUUGGAGGAGCAUAACUGGUUUCAAAGUCCAGUUAGUUAAUACAGAGAUUCGAUUGACCAAACAGAGGAAAGAAAUUGUUCUCACGCGUGAUACCCAAGUUUCUAACUCUGAGUGCUUUAAUGGUUUCAUUCCUCUGGAUCUUAUUCCAUUUGGAGAUGUUUAUCGUUCAGCUGUUCAAGACGGGACAUCUUUCCUUAGAGGAUAUAGGUGGAACAUGCAUAACAAAUAUAUUAGCAAGAUUGACUUUAUGCUUCUGGACAACAAUGGCAUUGGGCUUAACUUUCGUGCGAAGGGAGAGUUGGCAGAUAAGUUCAAACGUUUCUGGCUUUGUUAUGGUUACACUGGAACAAAUAUCAUCCUCUUAACUGAUUGGCGAGUAGUUGGAUCAGAUGGUGGUAUAAACGUUGAAAGUGUGCAGGGUAUCUCUACAUUUGAUUUUCAUCCAACCGGUCACUUAGAGGUGGAACACUUCGAAAAUAUAUUCCUUCAUCCCACAUCCGAUGAUAGUGACGUUGAACUCAUGGAUGAUUGA